GAAAAAAAAUUGUUUGGAUAAAUCAGAAGCACGAAAUCCAUAGAAAACAAAGUUUUAUGUUUUGACUUUUCACAGUUCACUCCAAUAAAACAGCAGCACUAUAUUAAACAGCUGCCGAAUAUAAAAUUACAUUUUGUUUAGUACUGGCCAAUCUACCGUGUAAAUGGCUGACGAGGACGUUAUUCGGAGGCGUCUACUGAUAGAUGGGGAUGGAACCGGCGAUGACAGACGGCUUAAUGUUUUACUUAAAACUUUAAUAAAGUGGUCAAAUAGCACUGAUGAAAAACCGGAAGAGAGUAAAGCAACACACGACAGAAUGCUUGCACAGCUUGCACAAUGUGAAUUUGCAGUUACAAAAUCACAGCUAGGCUCAGAGAUGAUGGCUGCGGAAUUAAAGAGCUAUGAAGCACUAUCAAAAAUACUUGAAAAUGGCAUAGAAGUUGCUAAAGGUAAUAUAGAAAAAAGCAAAUCCGAUUUGACACAAGCAAAAACAGUUAGAAAGAAUCGCAUUGAAUAUGAUGUUCUCGCAAAAGUUAUCAGCGAACAGCCCGAUAGAAAGGAAACUUUGGAACGUCUUAGUACAUUAAAAAUGGAGUUGAGCAAUUUAGAAGGGACAAGACAACAAUUGGAGAGUCGUCUGUCUUUGAGAAAAAAACAAUUCCAUGUGUUGGUAACAUCAAUACAUCAGUUACAAGCACUGUUAGAUGAGAAUGAUGAUAUAGAAAUGACAUCUGAUGAUGUUGAAAUGAAGGAAGCUUCUAUUUAAGAUAUAAUUUAGAUCAUAUAUUAUGUAAAGUGUAUAAAAAAUAAUGAAUUAACUUCAAUAAUCUCCUUUAUAAAACUUUUGUUCAGUUUAAAUUUCUUUAUAUUAAAGGUACCAUUGCAAAUAAAUGCUAGAUUCUAUCUAAAUAUCAGAAUCCUCAUGAUUUUUAAGUUCUUAAAGCUUGAAUAUAGUUUUAGACCACAGAUUAAAAUAUACACAGCAAAAAAAAAAAUUUUAAAAUUCUUAGAACGCAAGUGAAUAUUCCUUGAUAAAAAUUUCCACUUCCCAUAUUUGUGUUAUUAUUUUCAUGUGGGUAUUAUGUAAAGGUGUGUGUGAUUUUAUUCUCCUAUGAAUUUUUAAUUCAGUGCAACAGGCAUUGAAACCAAUGAAGACUAUAAAAUAAUACUUCAAAGAAACAUUGACAAUAGUAUUUUUUUUUACUUCUAUUCUUUAAGGAAAAAAUUAAAGUUUUUACAAGUAAUAAAGUAUUUUAAGUACC